CAUGAAGCUCAAUAAUAAACAUGUCACUCUCCACAGUUCUCCCACUAAGAACUACACCCCACCACCAUCAACUACCUAACCUAAAGCAAAGGUGCUUCACUUCACUUCUUUUCUUAUUUAACCUAAACAUUCUCUUCUUUUUCACUCAUUCAUGAGAACAGACACACACACCCCAACACACUACACUACACUGCAGAAAUGGAGCUUCAAGACACUGCUGCAACUCGUGUAUCAAUUGGAUUUCCUCUCGGACUAGCCCUUCUCUUUGUCUGUUUACUCUUCAUUUGUGGAUUUUUCUGCUGCUGCUUACAUUGGAGCAAGCUUCAAUCUUUUCUUCACUCUCAUGGCAUCAUCAACAUUCAAUCUUUGCAACAGACUCAAAUGCAAUCAGAGCUGGCUUCCCCCUACCACAAACCAGCUUUUCCAGUUGUGAUGAUGAAGCAGAAUUAUGCAGAGAGUUUGCCUGUGCUGAUGCCGGGGGAUGCUGUUCCAAAAUUCAUUGCCACAGCAUGUCCAUGUCAGCCUCCAAGAGAUGAAAGGAUCACAAUCCAUGUGCAGAAGGAACCAUCCACUGAAUUUUGCAGUGGCAACUGAUACAGUUUCUGGUUUCAACUUUCAAGCCAAAACCUUGAACAAUUCAGGGUGGAAUAUAUAUAUAUAUAAAUAAGAACAUAUAUAUAUAUAUA